AAAGCUGCAAAAUCAAAUCCGAAAAUGUAUAAUGAUUAUAGCGACAGAGAAAGAGAAAGGUUUAUAGACAGGAUGAUAGAAGUAUAUGAAGAGCGAGGUAAUAUAGCCAUGUUUGUAAGAGAAUUUGAUAUCGAUCCCCCAUACUUCUAAAAGAUGGUGUAAAAGUAAAAAAAGACUGUAGAGGUGCCAUAUAAAAAACAAAAGAUGAAUGGUGACCCUAACAGUUCUAUUACUGCCAGAUAUAAAGAGUAUAUAGAAUGUUUGAUUAAUCAAGGUCCUCAGCUCCUUUCUGAAGAUAUUAUAGAAGAAUUGGCCAAGCAGUUUUGGCGACUUAACCACUAUUUAAAGAAUAAAAUGAAGAUCACUAUAAACCCCCCCUCUCCUAAUAUAAAGCUGAAAUAUGGAAUUUUGUAAAUAACUUGAAUACAAGAUUCGAGUGAUUUAUGAAAUAGAAAGACACAAACUUCGAAUAUAAUUUAUAUCCUGCUUUCA